AUGUUGAUGAACUACCAUGAAUUGACGAUGGACGAGUCUGCGGACUCUCCCAAUAAGAGACGUCAAUUUCGACUCAUCUGUGCCGUGAUGGCAAUAGCCGUGACGUACAUGACCCUGUCGAGUGGAGCUUUGAAGCCCGUGGUGGUCGAGGAGGGUACCUUUGGAGGUGGCGAUUUUCGGUAUAAAUUGAUUGGACGGGAUUAUGCCGCCUCCAAUUCCCUGUUGGAAUCCAUUGCCGGCGAUUUGAACGUGAAAGAACGACAAUACGAAAGUGUCAUGCAUACCAUUUAUGUCGAUGAUCCCAUGACGGUCCAUGGAAGACGACAACGAUUUGCCGGUGGAGUGCUCUUGACGGAACAAACACCUCAAUUAUUGGUGGCGCGAGAUGGGACCGUUACGUCCAAUGAGGAACGGAUUGCUACCAUGGCAGCUCUGAACAAGGAAAUGAAAGUAACGACAGAGCAAGAACAAGAUGACAUGCCAGCCGCGGAUUUAUGGCCGCGAUUAAAGUACCAACGGCAGCAAUUGCCAGCUGUGAGAGCCGCCAAGGUCAAAUUCACAUUCACCAAUGGAUUUGUCUCAUCUUUGGUGCAUUCCUACAAGGUUUUCCCUGCGAUUCGAGAAUAUGCCAAAACACAUGGGGAUCCUGGGAUCGUUCCAGUGGUAAUGACGACCUGCAGUAUUAUGGAUUCCUAUUGCAUUCAUUAUGUGCCUAUGGAAAAUGGGGAGAGCUUUCGACUUGGACUGGAGGAACGAUUUCCAUCUGCAGGGGAGGGAUUGGUUAACUGGAAAGGAGUAUACGGAAUGCUCGUCAAGAUUGUCACGCUCGGACAAGGGGGAAAAGAUGAUGUCGAGACUGACACAAAACCGGUCACGACAACAACCACAACAAUCAAAUCAGAGUCCAAGGAGCAGCCUGCCAAACCAACAACCGAUGAUAAACCCAAAGAAACAUCUACGAGUGAUACCACAACAGAAGAAAGUGCUCCCAGCGAGGAGGAUACGGCUGCUACUACUAGCACUGCAACAGAAAAGGAACCUUCCAGUGAAGAAGUAGCGGAAGAAACUGCCGCAACUGACCGGGAAGUUCCCCUGGAAGAAGCCACUGUAGUUCCUGAUGAGCCUGCGGUGGAAGAAACUGCAAACACGACGAAUGAGGAACCAACAACAAUUGACGAACCGGCCAACGAGGAAGUGGCGGAGGAAACUGCGAAUGUAGAGGAACCUGCCACCGAGGCAACAAGCACAACAGAGGAAGCUACUGCAACCACAGAGGAAGCGGCAACUGCAAGUGAGCCCGUGGUUGAGGAUCCUCAAACUGUUCCAAGCACUGAAGAAGUGCCACCUUCAGAAGAAACAGGAUCUACCGAGCAGCACUCAACCCGAGAAGAACUUUAA